CGCUGCAUCCAACGUGCCCGCCAUACAGUCUACCAUUGUCGAUGCUGGCAUUGCGAAUCCUCGCGUAGAGCUCCCCGAUCUUCAACACCCUUCUGCCUCGGAGCCGGCCGACCCUCCAGCUGACCUUCCAGCACCUGCUCACGGUUUCACCUUCACGCACUCCAGCCCAGCAGAGAUGGUCCAACCUACAUCGGUGUCGUGCACGUAUGGCCCCUUUCGUGUUUGGCGCAAGUUGUGCCAGGGCGGGUUUGCUGUGGCGAUGGGAGCUCAAGACGUAACGUCGAAUCGCUUGUUGUGUCUGAAGGUGUUUUCAAAGGACCGCUUUGAGCACAAAUACGCGAAAGAGGUUAUUCUUGACGAACUCGAAGCGUACAAGCGUCUUUCAUGCGCGUUGCCGUGUCCUGCGGCUAGAUUCCUCAUGGGGCUCGAGAUGUCUUUCCAGACCAAGGAUAAAAUAUGUUUUGCAAUGGACCUGAUGGCGAGCGACCUGUAUAUUAAUCUGAAACGUCGUCCUUCGUACUGCUCCCGCAAUUCUCGCAGGUGGGCGGCGCAAAUGGCCCUUGGGAUUAACGCUCUGCACGAGAUAGGGAUCAUCCACCGAGACAUCAAAGCCGCCAACAUACUGAUUGACGUUCGAGAGAACGUGCGCAUCACCGACUUUGGCUUGAGUUAUGUAGACAAAGACGAAGGACCCUUGGACCAACAGCGAAAUUAUUCUGCGGAUGCGAUGGGAACGACGCACACAAUGGCACCGGAGGUCCUGCGCAACAGAUCCGACCCCCGUCCUUGGGAGUACGGAGCACCCGCAGACUGGUGGUCGUUAGGCUGCGUCAUCUACCAGCUCGUUUCGAAGAAGCACAAGUCACUCUUUGUUACAGAGGAUGACAUAUUUUCCUAUGUUUCUUGGUGCUCCAGCCGCGACGAACCAUCCAAACAAUUCCCUGCCUUCGAAGAUUUGGGUAAAGAUAAGAUCGCGAAUUUGAUCUCUGGGCUGCUGCAACCCGAUCCGUCAUCGCGGUUUGGGUUCGCUGAAGUGGUGAAUCAUAGAUCGUUUUUGUGCAAAGCCGGCACGUCAGAAUUCUUAGAUGCAUACUCUCGCGCGCUUGAGCGCAAAGAAGUUCCAUCUUCGCUGCCAGACUUACAACGUGGUCAAGACACUAGCACAGCAGAGAUCUGGUUUCGCCAACCUUCCUGGGAGGAAUCGCACGUUCCGGAUGUGGACUGGGUCAAGCCGACGCUUUUUUCUUCCCUAUGAUGGCUCUUCAGUCCAGUCGGUGUUUAUUUCGUUUCGAUAGCUUCACUGUUCACUGUCACUACGUCUCCCUUCCUUCUU